AAGCAUCGCCACUCACCAAUCACAGACGGUAAGGGGCGGAAUAAGAGAGUUGUUCAUAAAGGCACAUGACAUCAGCCUUAAUACGUAGCCACAGCUAAAAAACUACGAUGGUUCUCAUCAAGGAAUACCGUGUGGUCUUACCCUGUACAGUGGAGGAGUAUCAAGUGGGGCAGUUGUACUCCGUAGCAGAGGCCAGUAAGAAUGAGACGGGCGGAGGAGAGGGCAUCGAGGUCCUUAAGAAUGAACCCUAUGAGAAGGAGGGCGAGAAAGGACAGUACACACACAAAAUCUACCAUCUGAAGAGUAAAGUCCCAGCGUUUGUCAAGAUGAUAGCUCCUGAGGGCUCCCUGGUCUUCCAUGAAAAGGCCUGGAAUGCUUACCCUUACUGCCGAACCAUUGUAACGAAUGAGUAUAUGAAAGACGACUUCAUCAUUAAGAUUGAGACAUGGCACAAACCUGACCUAGGCACAGUAGAAAACGUGCACAAGCUGGACGUGCCCACAUGGAAGAGUGUGGAGGUGGUUCCCAUUGACAUCGCAGAUGGGGAACAAGUGGCCCCUGCUGACUACAAGGCAGAUGAGGACCCUGCUCUGUUCAAGUCAGCUAAGACUGGUAGAGGACCCCUGGGACCCAACUGGAAGAAGGAGCUGGUUAGUAAGGCUGACUGCCCGAGGAUGUGUGCCUACAAACUGGUCACUGUCAAGUUCAAGUGGUGGGGCCUGCAGAACAAGGUGGAGAGCUUUAUUCACAAGCAAGAGAAGCGCAUCUUCACUAACUUCCAUCGCCAGCUGUUCUGUUGGAUUGACAAGUGGGUGGAGCUGACUAUGGAGGACAUCAGGCGGAUGGAGGCGGAGACCCAGAAGGAGCUGGAGGAGAUGCGUAGGAAGGGCUCUGUUCGAGGCACGAAGGCUUCAGACGAGUAGCUGCUCCAGGUGUAGGUCUGAGGAAGGCUGUCUUCGCAAACAAGGUCAAGUACGGGGAACCAGUGCUGCCGAUGCCGAAUGAGAUGGAGGGUUUUAAACAGAGAUGAAGAGUGAAGAUGAUGAAGAAUUUCGACGUGUGCUCCCUGCGUGCCACCUUUUUAUCUUACUGAUUCAGGAUGAGGAGGACGAGGGCUCUGCUCCAAUCGCUCAAUAGACCAGCACCCUGACCUACCUGCAUCCAAUUAUAGACAUUCUAUCCACAGAAUAAUUGAUUUGUAGAAAGUGACACGAUCAUAGCUUAUAAUUUUGAUCUCCUAAAGACAUUAUCAAGAAGCAAUGACCUCAGUAAAGCCAGCUACCACCACCAUGUUGUUGAUAGACUAGUCCCUCUAUCUUCUCUUGAUAGACGCUUUGAGGGCUGCUUGGUUGUUGAGAGAUUAAUAUUUUCAAAGCAUUUAAUUGGCAUGAUUCCCUUAUGGCAGGUGUUGGACCUGUGUUUUGUUAUUCCAGUCGAGUAGGAUCGUUCCUCUGUGGUCUGUUGCCUUGCCCAUUUCUUUUGUUUUCCUUUGUAUUCGUUGAUAUUUUCCCCAGAUCAUUCCUUUCAUGUCCUCUUCUAGCUGUUCAUAACUCUAUGGUUUUCCAUUAGCUGGCGAAAGAGAUCCUGUCAGUGUGUUCUCCAAAAACGUGUCCCUUCCUGCCAUGGCGUUCAUUAAGAGAUUACUGACACCCUUGGCACCUGUGCCCAUCCUAAUAUUUCCCCCUCCCUCUGCAUCUUAUUAACACUCUGAUGAUCUUGUCCACACAGGUAUUUCACACUCACUCCCAUGCAAAUUAACACAAACACACACUCAUAUGCACAUGUAGGUGUGAAUGCCUUUGUGGUGGCUGAUUUCUUCUAAGCUCAAGCUGGGCAGAUCCCUGCAGGAUCCUUCAACUGAAGGGAAGUGGCUGUUGGAGUGUUUGGAGCUGUCACUGUUUUUCCCACACUCCCCAUUCUCCAUACGCUCACACUCAGUCAAUCCGCUCCUCCCCAGCGGAUGUCCCCAGAGCGAAACCGCACUGAAAAACAGUCACAGAUGGCGCUACACCCUUCCAGUCUCUGUCACGCACUGCUCACCCCACCCUGCAGUCCACCACCCCAGUAGCCUGCCUGUCUGUCUGCCUUAUUCCUGUGGAUCUCUGGGACCGUGUUCUGCUGCAGGUUGUAUCCUGCUGAACAGGAGCAUCAGGUCAACAGACACCCAGCACCACCCUAGCCCAGACCAGGCCACCACCCCAGACCAGGCCACACCUGACUGGGCCUGUUUACCGUCGCAGCUGCCUCCCUACCUACUCACUCAGCACUACACUGCCUUACUGUACCUAUACAGUACCCCCACAUGACAUACUGUACCUCCACUCUGUCAUCUACCCCUUUACCUAUUUGCCAGACUGGGGGUCUGCUUCUGGGUGCUAACGAGCACCACCAUGCCUUCUGGCUCCACACGGGCACCAGUUAGGAACCACUCCGUAGUCUUUUAGGAUUUACUACAGGGACACUGAUCAACAGAGGGUAGAACAGGGAUGGUCCUUGGGGGCCUGAGUUGGUCUCUCACUUGCACCAGCUAACACACCUGACUCCACUAAACAGCUAAUCAUGCAAGAAUUAGAAUGCAAUUUGUUUAAUCCGCUGUGCUUGCUAGGGAUGGGGGGUGACACUACUCUGGCCCCUGAGGACUGGAGUUGCCCAUCCCUGGGGCAGAUGAAGGGCUUGAUUGGUUUGCAAUGGCUUUAAGAUAUGUUUUAGUUGAACCACACAAUGUGCUCAAGGUCCUAAUGCAUGUUUGUUCUAUUGAACUGUGGUGGGGUGAUUAUUCCCUGCCGUGAUACUGUACUGAUGUAGGCAACAGCACUCCCCAGCAGCAAGCCGGUCGGACAGUUCCGUGCUGGAGCCCGAAUGCUACUUCCUGUUUAAGCACCAAAGUGCCUUCAUGUUAUUGUGUGCAUGUCUGCGUGCUUGUGGGACAAUAAAGAAUGCAUGUGUAUCUUACCUUGUCAUUCAACCUCAGCCAUUCUGCCUAUUUUUAUAUAUAGACAUGCUUGCAGCUAAGAUGGAUGGAAUAUUUUUUUAUGAAGAGCUUAGCCUUGAUGGUCUAUUUUUAUUGGGAAAGCCUUACAGGGGGAUGUGAGAACCUUAGUGAUUGGUUUAGUGCUCACCCAAAGAGUGUGCAUGGCUCUGGGUGAUAUCAUUUGUUUACAUGUGUUGUUUACUAUACACACAAUUCCCCAGGGGCAAUACUGACUCACCAGCAGAUAGAUGGCCAACUGAACUCUCCUGAACCCCACAACUGAGUAGAGAUAUCAUUAGUACUCAUGUCCGUUUCAGUUGUGAGUGACUGACAGGACAUGAAAAGUCAUGGCCAUAAUGGGACUGAUGAAGUCCAAUUUCCCAUCAAUGACAGGUUUAUGCAGUCAAAGAAACUGUAAGAGUGUUGAAUAUGACUAAUGUCUUAAGAUCUGUCUACAACCUCUGCCUUAUAUUGAAUAGAAAACUUGUUAAAACUCCAUAAUGCAACACCACUCUUGUAGCGAACCAUUGUUCUAUGAUAUCUGCACUGUGGGCAAAGGACAGCGGGGAAGUAGUCUUUACAAGAAACUGUACAGUGUGGUCAUGAUUUAUGAAAUGUACUGUUAAGUUUCUAGAAGAAAAUGCUUUUAAAUGUUUCUGAUCAUCUGAAAUUCAGGGGACAUGGUAGUGAAUGUAUUUAAUUUAGCCUUUUCCAUUUGUAGAGUUUUGUGCCGCGGGAAGUCUACAUAAUGCAUCUAAUUACUGAAUUAAAUGUCAACGUACUGCU